GUGACUUAACGUUUUUUCUCGUGGUUUAAAGAAAAUCAGAAAAUAGAAAGAAUAUCUUAAUUACAUCACAGUAAACACAAUAUCUUUUGCCAAAGGUUUGUAAAUAAACAGCUUAUGAUCAAAAGAAAUGAAUAACAUUCUCGAUUUAUUAUGCCAUUGAGCAGAUGUCAGCUAAGGAAGGAUCAGUCUUUUCUCAAAAACCCUCCAUUGUAGAUGACUUUAUGUAUGGCACCAAUGUCGCGAAUAGCGAUGUCUACAUCAGACUUGGUUUUCUUAAGAAAGUAUUUGGAAUUUUGACUUGUCAGCUUGUCAUUUCAGCUAUUAUGUGUAUGCUUUUUAUGAGCUCCGAAACAGUUCAAGGAUUUGUACGUGGAAAUUCGUGGAUGAUGAUUGUGUCGUUUGUCGCUAGUAUGGUUUUGUUAUUUGCAUUGCAUUUCAAGAGAAAAGAAGUUCCGAUGAAUUAUAUACUCCUUGCUGUUUUCACAGUUUGUCAAUCAUACGCAGUAGCAACAGUCGUAACCUUCUAUACUGUUAGAUCUGUCAUCUUUGCUUUGGGACUUACUGCGGCAGUAACUGGUAGUUUAACUGCCUAUACGCUUACAUCGAAAAGGGAUUUCAGAUCUCUUUACGCUUCUCUAUUUUCGGGCUUAUUUAUACUUUUGAUUGCCGGAAUGGCUGAAUUUUUCUUCCACAGCGAAUCCUUCCAAAUGCUUUUAGCAGGCGGUGGAGCAAUUCUAUUCAGUCUAUUCAUUAUUUUUGACAUAAAUAUGGUUAUGCAUCAUUUGUCACCUGAAGAUUAUAUAUUGGCUUCGAUUAACUUGUAUUUAGAUAUAAUCAACUUGUUUCUGCAUAUACUCCGUAUAGUUGGAGAACGAAAAUAA